AUGCACGUCUCCUCAAUCUGCAGGCCCGUACUCCUUGGGGCCAUCGUAGCAGUGGUCUCUGCGUCGAAGCCUCCGGGCAUGUCCCAUCUCAAGUCUCAUCGCCAGCUCUUGCAUAACCUCAUGCCUCGUCAGGGCUGUACAUCCGAUCAAGUGACUUGUGGAGGGGGGUGUCUUGUCGCAGGCAGCGACUGUUGUGUCCCUGGCGCCACCCACUGGUAUUUCUGCGAUCCAGGCGCGUUUUGCUGGUCCUUUGCCAAUGAGACCACUGCUUGCUGCUCACCGGGCGACGUUCAAUGUGGCGUUAAAUGUAUGCCACCAGGGUCAGUCUGCUGUGACGAUGAGGGUGAUUACUGUGACGCGGGAGAGUACUGCUUCAUCAACACCGCUGGCAGCUUGAAAUGCUGCCCUCCAGGGGAAAGCUGCACCGGCACGAGUACGACAUACCAGGCCGGGAUGACCGUCACCGGAGCCGCCACAACAUCCGCAAGUACGUCAGCCUCAGCUUCAACGUCGGAGCCGGUGACUACAACUUCUUCAGUCUCAGUUGCAUCAAUUGAGUCAACCACAUCUGCUAGCACUGGUGCCCCUAUCGCCACCUUUACUGGAGCUGCAGUGACGGCCGGUCCCCAAGUCGCUGCCGUCGUUCUCGUGGUGGCCGGGCAAUUGCUCCUUUAG